AUGACGAGAAGGAAGAUAGCAAUAAAGAAGAUCGAGAACGUAGCUGCGAGGCAGGUGGCUUUCUCAAAGAGAAGGAAAGGUCUAUUCAAGAAGGCUCUGGAGCUGUCAACUCUCUGUGAUGCUGAGAUUGCUCUCUUAGUAUUUUCAGCUUCGGGCAAACUCUUUGAUUAUGCCAGUACAAGCACGAGGCAAGUAAUUGAAAGGAGAAACCUAUACUCAGAUGUGAACCUUGUGAAGUCAUACCAGCUAUCUCAAGAGCUACAGGUUGAAGGUGAAUAUUUUAAGCUAAACAAGGAAGUAAAAGAGAAGACUCUUGAAAUAAGACAACUCAACGGAGAAGAUCUGCAAGGGCUAUCUGUAAAAGAUCUGAGGAAGCUAGAAGAUUUACUUAGCACAAGCUUGCAUCGCAUUUCAAAAGCAAAGGUUAAAGUAUUUGAGCAGGAGAUCAAUAUUCUAAAGAAAAAGGAAGACGAACUCAAGGAAGAAAACCAGAGGCUAACGAAGGAAAUCAAAUCCAUGGAAGAAAACCAGAGAUUAGAUCAGGCCCAGUGGCUUGAGGAUGAACAAUAUCAGCCAUCAGACACGUCUCCCGCAACAAGGCAAGUUGCUAUAAACGCCACUGAUGAGAGAGCUGUGUUUUAUCUCCGGUUACUGUAG